AUGUCCAGCUACGACAAGGUCGUGAAGCUGGCCUGCAAACCAAAGGCUGCACCCCCCAAGGCAAAGUACAUCGACCCCAUUAUUGCGGCAACCUGGUCCGACGAUGGCGCAGUUUCGGAUGUGUGUAAAGCCCUCUCGCCUAGGUUUCGGGAACCGAAUGCUAUCGUGGUAUUCAAAGCCCUCAUUGUCCUUCAUACGAUGAUACGGAACGGCGCCACCGACAAUGUCUUGUCAUACCUGUCGCAAACAGAAAUUUUGAGAUUGCGGAACGUAUCGGCCGGAAACUGGGAAGGUUACGCCGCUCCCGAAAACCUACAAAACUACGCUUAUUACCUUGACUCUCGAAUUCGUGCAUACCGCGAUCUCAAACAUGACGCCGUUCGGGUUCAGGCCGAGACGAAUCGUGAUAUGCGCAAUUCGGCCUCCAUAGAAGAUGACAGCGUUAUCAACACCUAUAACAACAGAAGUCGGAAAGAUCGCACAGUCAAGGCCCCUGCGUUGUCAGGUCCAUCCAGGAGCAAAACCAUCGCUGGAAGGAAGCUUCGGGUGAUGACGGUUGAAAAGGGUCUGUUGCGGGAGACGAAGGCAGUUCACAAUAUGAUUGACACGCUGGUUGAAUGUCGAUUCUAUUUGGACGAUUUGGAGGAUGAACUGACCAUCACUGCCCUCCGAAUGCUUGUAAAGGAUCUCUUGAUCCUCUUUCAGGCUGGAAAUGAAGGCGUUAUUAACGUCUUGGAACACUACUUCGAGAUGUCCCACGUGGACGCUGAACAGGCACUGAAUCUCUAUCGACAUUUUUGUAAGCAAACGGAACGUGUUGUUGAAUUUCUUGGUGUCGCGAAGAAACUCCAAAAUUUGCUGAACGUUCCCAUUCCUAACUUGAAGCACGCCCCCGUAUCACUUGCAGGCGCCCUGAAGGAAUACCUUGAUGACCCUAAUUUUGAACAAAAUAGGGGAGAGUACAAGGCAAAUAAGGCGGCCACCACAACAAGCAAAAAGCCGUUGGAUGUGAAAGGGUCGAAACCUUCCUCUGCUACUGAGACUCCCAGCUCUGCUGCAUCGUCAUCACAACCUAGCCAGUCAACCACGGCCAACGGGUCGGCUUCAACCACAGCGGAGGUGGAUGGAAAGGCUAACAAGGACAUGGUUGACUUCUUUUCUGCCAUUGAAGAAGAACAGCCAACAAUGUUUAAUCCUCAAACCAACAGCCCCAAUGCAGCAUAUUUCCAGCAACAGGUCGCCUCAAACCCUUUCGCUCAAAUGGGCUUUGCACCACAACCUCAAGUUAUUCCUCAACAGACAGGUUUUAUGAUGCCACAACAAACCGCUAUUCAACAACCCCCCAAUCCAUUUAACAACUUUUUGGGCGCCCCCCAACCGCAACCAACUGGACACCGGCCCUUCUCGUCGUUUUUGCAACCACAGCAGCAGCAACCUGGUUUUCCCCUUCAAUCGCAACAAACUGGGUUUCCGCAACAACCCCAACAAACUGGUUUUUCGCAACAGCCCCAGCAAACUGGUUUCAUGCAACAACCUCAACAGACAGGUUUCACGCAACAACCUCAGCAAACUGGUUUCCCGCAACAACCUCAGCAAACUGGUUUCCCGCAACAACCUCAACAAACUGGUUUCCCGCAACAACAAACUGGUUUCCUUAGGCAACCUCAGCAAAGGUUGUUGCUGCCCCAAGCUACAGGGGCUAAUCCAUUCCGUCAAAGCAUGCUUCUACCUCAAUCAACUGGGGCGGCUCUAUUCACUGGAGCUGCUACUGCUGGAAGUCGAAGUAUGUUCCUCAAUUCAACCCCGCAACCUCCAGCAGGAUCGAAUGCAUUUGGCGCCAUGACACCGUUUGCUAACUCUGGGCCGCAUUCGGCAACCGCGCCCUUAAUCAAUGGGUCUGCAGAUCCCUCGAUCAAUGUUCCACCACGUCCAGCCUCCACACCGCUUAUACCCUUCGCCUCAUCUUCUGCGACUUCUCCUCCUCCCGCCCAGUUCGUAAAAACCCAUCAGACUGGUACGAAGAAUCCUUUUGGUCCAGUCACCACUCCUGCGCCUCCUGUACCAAAGCCGCCAACUUUAAUGGAGCUAGCAAUGGGAGCCAACAGCCCAGGUAAUUUCCAGGCCUUCCAGCAACAACAAUCUCCAGUGCAAUCCCAACCGGCUUCCUCUACAAAUGGGUUUUCCUUUAAUUCUGGCGCGCUCAGCCCAGGAGCCACAGAUAUCUCCAGUAUUGCAUCGUCGUUUACGUCGAUGGGCAAACCGAGUGCCAAUACUACUGAUAAGCCACCUAGCCUACCAAGUUUCACCUCCUUAGGUCCUCUGUUUUCGCAAAAUACAUCGACGACAACCACAGGCUCUACAUUUUCGGACUCCCUGUUCUCUUCCUACAGCCAACAAACAGGUGCAACUACGGCAUCGCCGGCGUCCUCCCCUGUGUCUCUCCCACUCAAAUCUCAUUUGACUGGCCUUAAACCGUUUAAGCCUUCUUCGUCUUUUGGUGCUUCACUUUUGGAGUCCCUUCCUCCCAUCCCUGGUUCUGCUCCAGUUACUCCAGGAACAACUGGGGCUCCUUCGCUAGGAAAUUCCCCUGCCCCCACCACAUCUGGCUUUGGAGCGCUGAGCUCUCAGCCAACAGGCGCUACAGGAGGUUUUGGCACUCCGCUAGGCGGAUCGACCUUGGGCGUAGGGCUUAGGCCUCAGAUGACGGGUGGUGGGGCUGCCAACCCAUUCCGUGCAUCGAUGAUGACACCUUCACCAGGAGUACCCUCGUUUGGCUCAAAUUUGUCAUUCUCAAACACGACCAGUUACAACCCAACAGGCUUCCCAAGUGGGGCAUUUGGUUCCCAGCCGAACUUUGGUGGGCCAGCACAGCAGCAGCAGAAUGCCUCUUUGAUCUGA